GGAUUCAGCAAGUCUUACUCUUACAGCUGUGGUUGUGGUGAUGAUUAUGAUUUCCCACAAUACUGUUGGCCAAAACCAGCUACAUGUACAACCGUCGCUUCAUCAACACUGAAGACUUCUUCUACAGUUACUUCAUCAUCUACCAGUUCAUCUUCCACUGCCAAGACUACUUCAUCCACAACUUCAUCAUCAUCUAGCUCUAGCUCUAGCUCUAGCUCCAGCUCCAGUUCCAGUUCCAGCUCCAGCUCAUCUGCUGUCAGCUCCUCAGCUAAAUCUGGUAAUGUCUACGCUGUAUUACUUACUAUCCGUGGAGAUGAAGAAGCUGCUACCCCAGUUAUUACUGCUGCAUCUGUAUCUUAUAAUACCCUGGCACCAAGUGUCGUUACAGUAGCAGAAGGCUCAGCUAGUACCUUGAAGUACUGCUUUGGUGCCAUCAUAACUGCCCUCAUGGUUUGUAUCAUGUGA